GACCCGCACGUCUAAAAAGAAGAAGAGAGCAGUGCUGAAUUAUUCGCUGCUUCUCUUUUCUUGGUCUGUCUGAGGAGAUUCACGUUUACUUCGCAGAGUUUUUAUUUACCAGUGAUCAAGGGGGAAAAAACUAAAGAGUGGAUGCAAAGAAUGUGAGAAUAUCCAUUAAGAUGGCAUCUCUUAACCAUUCCAGCUCCAUUUUGCCUUCCUGCACCUACAAGGAGGACUUCAAGCGCUACCUCCUCCCGUCCGUCUACAGCCUAGUCUUCAUCUUUGGGCUGCCGCUCAAUUUCAUCAUCAUCCUGCGGAUCUGGGGCUCACGGCGCGCACUGACGCGGACUAAGAUCUACAUGCUGAAUCUAGCUGUGGCGGACUUUCUGUACGUCUGUUCCCUUCCGCUUCUCAUAUACAACUACGCCAGUAAAGACUACUGGCCGUUCGGCGACUUCACCUGCCGUUUGGUUCGCUUUCAGUUCUACAGCAACCUGCACGGAAGCAUCUUCUUCCUCACCUGCAUCAGCUUUCAGCGUUACAUGGGCAUCUGCCAUCCGCUGACGCUGUGGCCUAAACAGGGUGGACGCAGGCUGGCCUGGUUGGUCUGCGCUGGCGUUUGGGUGACUGUAGCCCUGCUCUGCGCCCCCACGUUCGAGUUUGCCGCCACCGGCAUCCAGCGCAACCGCACGGUGUGCUACGACCUGAGCGUUCCCCGUCGUGCACCACAAUACUUCCCGUAUGGCAUCAUCUUGACCUGCCUGGGCUUCAUCGUGCCCUUUCUGGUGAUCGUGGUGCUGUACUGCAAAAUGGCACGGGUUCUCUGCCAGGUCGGCGAAGCUCGAGAAGUCUCGGCCAUGGAGAAGAAAACUAAAGCCAUUAGGAUGAUCAUCAUUGUAACGCUGGUGUUCGUCAUCAGCUUUUUGCCAUUCCACGUGACGAAGACGCUCUAUCUGCUGGUGAGGACCCUUCCUACAGCACCCUGCGAACUGAGGAACCUGCUGUCUGUGGUGUACAAAAGCACGAGACCCUUUGCCAGCAUGAACAGUGUUCUAGACCCCAUUCUGUUCUACUUCACCCAGCCGCAGUUCAGGCGCAGCACCAGAAGCCUGCUGCUUAAAAUCACCUCGCUAAAAGACAAGACUGCCAAAAUCUGACUAGAAAACGCCUGGUUUUGUCUAAAAUUACUCUAUAUUAAAAGGUUAGUUCACCCAAAAAUGAAAAUUCUGUCAUUAAUUACUCACCCUCAUGUCGUUCCACACCCGUAAGACUUUUGUUCAUCUUUGGAACACAAAUUAAGAUCUUUUUAGUGAAAUCUGAGAGCUUUCUUUCCCUCCAUUGACAGCCUACGCAACUACCAAUUUCAAUCCACAGAAAGGUAUUAAAGACAUCAUAAAAAUAAUCCAUGUGACACCAAUGGUUCAGCUCAGUUUUAUGAAGUGACACGAGUGCUUUGUUUGUGCAACAAAAAAAAACAUAAUUUACAACUUUAUUUACAAAAUAUGAACUUCUACACAUGCGUGUUCCUUUUAAAGGAUUAGUCCACUUUUAAAUAAACUUUUCCUGAUAAUUUACUCACCCCCAUGUCAUCCAAGAUGUCCAUGUCUUUCUUUCUUCAGUCGAAAAGAAAUUAAAGUUUUUGAUGAAAACAU